AUGUUUACUCAGUAUGGAUCUGCGAUUGGCGGGCUCGUGCUCCUACAGGCGAUGCUCCAGCAGUACUUCCCUCCUGUACUCCCUAAACUCUUGGAACGAUAUUUCUACAAAUGGGUGAGCUUCUUCUAUCCAUACGUCGAGAUCUCGUUCCACGAGUUCACAGGCAAAUACAUGAAGCGCAGCGAGGCCUUCAUGGCCAUUCAAAACUACCUCACCGAGAAUGCCGCUUCCCGGGCCAAGAGGCUCAAAGCAGAUUCUGUCAAAGACAACCGGCCCCUCAUCCUGAGCAUGGAUGACUACGAGGAGGUCGAUGACGAAUACAACGGCGUGAAUAUCACGUGGUCCUCGAACAGAAUCGUCCCUGCGAGCACGACGUUUUCGUUAUAUCCCACGACACAGAACCCGAGGUACUACACGCUCACAUUCCAUCGGCGCCACAGGAAAUUGAUCACUCAAUCUUACGUCAACCACGUACUGACCGAAGGAAAGGCGAUCGCUAGCAGAAACCGGCAGCUGAAGCUCUACACGAACGACCCGCAAGACUCCAUGUGGAUCCAUGCAGUUUUCAAGCACCCCGCGACGUUCGAGACCUUGGCCAUGCACCCAGACAGGAAGACGGAAAUAAUGAAUGACCUCACGAAAUUCACUGAGAGCAAAGAGUACUAUGCUAAGAUUGGCAAGGCUUGGAAGCGCGGGUAUCUGCUUUACGGUCCACCCGGGACUGGUAAGUCCACCAUGAUUGCUGCGAUGGCUAAUUUCUUGAAGUACGACGUGUACGAUCUAGAGCUCACAGCGGUUAACGAUAACACGGAACUGAGGAGGCUUCUGAUUGAGACCUCAAACAAGUCUAUCAUUGUGAUCGAGGACAUCGAUUGCUCUCUCAAUCUCACGGGCCAGAGGAAGAAGGCAGAGGAGCAGAAUAAUGACAAGGACGACGAUCCUCUAAAGAAAAUGACCAGAACAGAUAAGAAGAGUAGCAAGGUCACUUUGUCUGGUCUUCUUAACUUCAUUGAUGGAAUUCGGUCUGCUUGUGGUGGGGAAAGAGUCAUAAUAUUUACGACUAAUCACGUCAAUAAGCUCGACCCUGCUCUUAUAAGGAGAGGAAGGAUGGAUAAGCACAUCGAGAUGUCGUAUUGUUGCUUCGAAGCAUUCAAGGUCCUCGCCAAAAAUUAUCUGAAUGUCGAAAACCAUCCAUUGUUCGAAACAAUUAGCCGGCUGUUCAGCGAGACCCAUAUGACUCCUGCCGAUGUUGCGGAAAACUUGAUGCCUAAGUCCAACAACAAAGAUGUGGAGGCUUGCUUGAGGAACUUGAUAGAAGCUCUCGAAGCAGCGAAGAAGAAAGCGGCAGAACGAGUACGGCUGGAGGCAAAAAGGGAAAAGCAAGAGAAGAGAUUGAAGUGGUGGAGAGAAACAAAAAAGAAGGUGGAACAUCUGCUAAAGAAGGAAAAUUGA